AUGCAGGUCCCAGCUCUGUGCUACGGGGCCUCACUGCUGCUGCUCGUCCUGCCAUGGGCAGAAGCGCAGCCAGCCGGCGGCGAGCACAGUGCGGAGCUGCAGUCCCUGCAGGACCUCCUAGAAGCGCUGGGACAGCUCUGGGAGAAGGAAGGGAAACUGGGCCAGGAAGAUGAGCUGGUGACCGAGGCUGAGGACGGCGGCUCCGACUGGGACCUCCCGGAAGCCAAGAACAGCCCGCCGGGUGUCCCACUCCCAGCGCCCAGCCCUCCCCAGCUGGCAGAGGGGCAGAGCCAGUGGAGGAGUCUCCUCUCCUCCUACAGACGGAGACAUUUCUCCGGCUGCUUUGGGACGAGGAUGGAGAGGAUCGGCGCGCAGACGGGGCUCGGAUGCAGUUUCCGGAAGAGAGGGAGAAGCUGA